AUGGCUUCCUACGGAUAUAUUCCAUCAUUCAAAGAACGCAGAUCAUUUGCAGGUCGAGUGAAGGAUGCAACUGAAAUCAGAGCGAAGUUCCCCAAUAAGAUUCCUGUUAUUAUUGAACGAUUUGAAGGGGAUAAAUAUUUGCCGAUGCUUGAUCGUUGUAAAUUUUUAGUGCCAGAUCAUAUAACUGUAGCAGAACUUAUGCAGAUUGUUCGCAGGAAGCUGCAACUUCAUCCGGAGCAGGCGUUUUUUUUGUUAGUCAAUGAAAAAUCAAUGGUUUCAAAUAGCAUGACGCUGCUACAGCUUUAUCAAAUGGAAGCCGAUCAAGAUGGGUUUCUGUAUGUAGUUUAUACAAGUAUGCCAGCAUUUGGUAUUUGA